CCCUCCUCCAGCACCGGCUGCCAUCCUCCUCUCCCUCCAUCUCUGUCCGGCUCACCACUCACAGUCCUACCGGGACCUCAAUGACCACACCAUGAUGACAGGCAUCGCUGCUGCCUCCUUCUUCUCCAAUGCCUGCCGCUUCGGAGGCUGUGGGCUCCACUUUACCACCUUGGCCGAGCUAAUCGAGCACAUCGAGGACAACCAUAUCGACACAGAUCCACGCGUCUUGGAGAAGCAGGAACUUCAGCAGCCAACGUACGUUGCGUUGAGUUACGUCAACAGAUUUAUGACUGAAGCAGCUCGACGUGAACAAGAAACCUUAAAGAAGAAAAUUCAGCCCAAGCUCUCCCUAACAUUGUCAAGCUCUGUAUCCCGUGGAAAUGUGUCAACACCGCCCCGCCAUGGCAGUGGCAGCCUCACCCCUCCAGUCACUCCACCCAUCACUCCAUCGUCUUCAUUCCGCAGUAGCACCCCUACAGGUAGCGAAUAUGAUGAGGAAGAAGUAGACUAUGAAGACUCAGACAGUGACGAGUCGUGGACCACAGAGAGUGCCAUUAGUUCUGAAGCAAUUCUAAGCUCCAUGUGUAUGAAUGGAGGGGAUGAGAAGCCAUUUGCCUGUCCAGUUCCUGGAUGUAAAAAGAGAUAUAAGAAUGUAAACGGUAUUAAGUACCACGCCAAGAAUGGACACAGAACGCAAAUACGAGUCCGUAAACCUUUCAAAUGCCGCUGUGGGAAGAGUUACAAGACAGCUCAGGGUCUCCGUCACCACACAAUCAAUUUCCAUCCUCCUGUCUCUGCUGAGAUUAUCAGGAAAAUGCAGCAAUAAAAGCUGAAGACAUCUGUGCCAAGAAACCCUCACCAGCAGAUGCUAAUUCUGAGAACAGCCACCUUCUGGUUUUACUUUAUUUUUUUCCUUUAUGUUGCUUUUAAGGAGAAAGUGCUCCAAAAUCCUACGAAACCUAUGUUUCAGUGCAUGCUUUAAUGAAAGGAUUCCAGUUGUUUGGAAGGAUCUCUCUUCUUUAAAGUGACCCUUUUUGUACUUUGCACAUGUUCCUUACCAGACCCAUUGUCAUUACUUUGAUACGGUGCUACAAUAACAAUAAUAUAUGGUCAAACCUUCAAUGGGGGAAACAGCCGCUUCUCCCUCCCAACCUUAAAAGACAGUACAGUCAAUUGGGAUGCGUGUUGUGUUGUUUAGAUGUGCUAUGUGAAUGGGGAGAGUAAUCUCAGCACUGAGACCAUUAGAACUAUUUUACUGCCAAGUGAGUCUGGAGACCACCCAUGACUGGUGGCAAUAGAAGUAGGUUCAUGAUCAAUGAGAUUGGCCUUUACAAGUCAUGUCAGUUGCUCCUUAGCAACAGACUAAGGAAGCAACAAAGAGCAACUGAGAGGAUUUUGAUUUAGAACGCAACAAAUUUUGUGGGCCUACGCUUUAAGGAAUAUUGGCCAAGUUUUAUCUUAGGGACUUAGGUUCAGUGUUCCUUCAUAUGUGACUAUGAAUGACGGUAGCUGUUUAUCUGGACUCCAGCCGGCAAUAUGGCUGAUUAUCUCCACAGCAAAACUUGCACUAAAUGUCCCAGGUGCACAGAAUAACAUUGAUAUGUAUGCCAAAGGAUUCCAUAGUGAAGGAUUGAUGAAUAUGUAUAUAGCCGACAUUGUGUAUAAAGUGUUAGAUAUGAGCAUUAACGUGGAGAAUUGUAUAUAGAUAUCUCUAAUCAGAAGCCCCAAAGAGACUAUAAAAGACCAUGUAGACAAAAAGUAUAUGGUGAUGCCCAACGCAACCGAUCAGUUUAUACCUUAUUUUCCAACCUGGAUGAGAGCUGUACUCUGAUUGGUUGCUUUGGACCUAGAUGUCUACAUCAGUUUAUAUAUAGGACUGACAAUGAAGUGAUCAGUAGUAAGUCAUGGCCGUGCCAUCUUAUAUGUCUCACACGGCAUGUCCAUGGACCCAUUACCCCUCCAGUCAUUGCUUCUCUAUUACUCUAGCCCUUUGAUUAUGAUGCCUUGACAUUAUCAGGCAGGUUCACAUCACAGUGUUGCUUCUAGUUGUAUGCCAUUGUUUUCAAUAGAUUAAGCUAGGUGGAUGCAGUUUGUUGCAUGUGAAUUUGUUUCCUAUGGAAAUUCUUCAGAAGUCAAGGCCCAAAGUUUUGCAGCAACAAAACAAGAUAUAGUCACAUGUCAUUAUUUUAUUGUGGUCAUAUAGCUUAACCGUACCUCCUAUGUAGAGAAGAGUGUGUGACAAAAAAUGCAGACAGGUUAUAGCAGCGUUAAAUAUGUACUAUAGGCAUUAUCAAAGGAAAUAGGCCGAGGAAGCACAUCACAGUUAUGGCGCAAGUCAAAAAAAACACAUAGCACAUUCCUGGCUAGAAUUUCUGUGACUUAAAAUCAGCUCCAUUCAUCUGAAAGGGGUUGUUUUGGCAGCAAGUGUGUGGGUUACUACAAGCCUCCUUCUGAGGAGUGCAGAAAUGUUGGCAACAAAUCUGGCAUGUGUGAGUCCAUUUUGACUAGGAAAUAGGACUUACAUGUGUCCACGGAGAAGACCACUUAGUCCAUUCAGUUUUUCGCAAGGGCUUGUAAGCUGGCCAUAGACAUAAUGAUUACUGCCUUCCCCUGACCUGACUAUUGUUCUGAUAUGGUCCAUUCAUCGGCAUGGUGGGAAAGUUGGUUCAAUAAGGACAAUUUUCCGUGUUCAGGGCUCUCCUUAAGUCCCAUUUCUCUAGCAGUCAGGGAGUAUUUUAUUUUUCAGUUGUACAAAAUAGACUUUUUUCCCCCCAUUAAUGAAUUCAACUAGGGAAAAGGGCACAAACUAUAAAAACUGACGAUAUUCCUGGAAACGCCACGUGAACCAUACAUAGUUAGUUAUACAUCUAUCCUCUGUACUUGAGGGAAACUGAACCUAAAAAGCUCUCGAUAAACUUGAGUCAUUUUGUUGCAGAAUUUUACUACCACAUUAAUCCUCUCAUUGUUUUCUGGUGACAGGAGCUUAAUGUGCGCUUAAAACCAAAUGACCACCGCGUUCAGACUCGCUAACCUGCCUUACUUGUUAGACUCAGUAUAAGUAUAUUUGGUAUUGGUUGCAGAGGUAAUGGAAGUAUAAAUAAGAAUGUUUAACAUAUUAUAAGAAAUAUUUUCAUACUUAAAUGACAUACAUAUAAAGGUCGCGCUUGCUAUCAUUUUCCUAUUAUCUUGCUUAUCCUAUUUUUGUUACCAUUUAAAGUGCUAAAAUUCUUGUCUGCAACUAGCAGGGGAAAAAAAGAAAAAGGAUUAAAAAAAAGUCUUCUGUUAUAGACGUUGGCUGGGUUACUGUCACCACCUAUGUUCUGUGGUAGGCCAGGAAGCCAGUACUAAGAGAGGUGAAGUAACUCACCCUCUCUUUGCUGCCACCAUGUUAUGCACAUUGGCGGGAUGGCCUAGUAAACACAAUGGGUAAUUCCACUGACUCAGUGAGACAAUAUUAAUGUUGUAAGAAGAACCAGCCAUGGUUUCUGGUUGUUCUGCCCACAGAUGCAAAGUUGUCCAUGCCACCCUAGCCAAAUAUAAUUUUCAUAUUUCAAGCAGCAUUGCAGGUUUUAGCAACACAGGACUUAAUACAAAUUAAAGGUAAUGUGCCGUAAAGAGCACCCCAAAAAUGAUGGAACUGCUCAGUCAUUUUUUAUCCAACCUGAAGGUUCACUACAUCAUAUUGUCAUGUCCCAUGGUUCAUGCACAUGCCCGUACUACAGAUACAUGACCCCGUAUUACAGAUACAUGGGCCCGUAUUGUACCUGUGAGUCCAUGAGAAAAAAAUCUCCAUUGCAUACUGUAACAGGGGUUUCCUUUCCUUCUUGGGAAGAAUAGGGUGCCUCUUGAAUGCACAAUGAACAGGACAUGGACUCCCUGUAGAUCUACAGGAAUUUAUAGUGUCCUUUGGCUGUAUCAUAUGGCAUGGUCUAGUCUAGACAGCACAAGGAUUCAGUGGUUCCUACAACAAUUGGUAAGGAGCCAUAGAUUGGAGCUUAGCAACAUAAGGCUAUGGACACCUUUGGGCAUUUUUUUAAAAUUAUGAUUGCUUCUCAUUUUAGGCUUAAAUUUUUUUUAGCAAUUGAGAACAUUUUCAUCAGUUUUUGUGAUAACUGUAGUUAAAAAUCAGUCUAUUUGCAGACUGUCCGUCCAUAGUUCCAUCAGCCAUCUGAUCUCCUGACAUCAUAAACACUCAUUACAGCUAAACUCUUGUCAAACUGUUAAAAAUAUGGCAUAAAUGAGUGUUUAUGAGGUCAGGAGAUCAGGUAUAAGGCUUCACAUAAGCUGUCAGCUAAAGGAACUCAGGAGGGACAGUCUGCAAAUAGACAGCUUUUUAACCGCAGAUAUCACAAAAACUGCUGAUAAUAUUUAGAAAAGACCAAUUGAAUCAAAUGAUUUUUAGCCCAAAAUGAGUAAAAUAUAAUCAUAAAAAAUUUCCUCAAAGGUAUCCAUAGCCUUUAAAAUUCAGAAGAUGAUUUCUCAUUUUUCUUUUUUCUUUGCUACUUGAGACAAGUUCAGAAGGGCAAGUGUACCGAUGGUCACAUGUGUGCCAUUUUAAAGGUGCAAAAGCAGAGCACAAAGAGAAGAACCAGGGCUAGUUCAUGCUUCAGGGUCGACUUUUCGUACAUUUACUAAGUGGCACAAUUCUUCUAAAGUUUUUUAGAAGCCUUUUAUGGUAACGGGUAAUAUGUUUCCCUUUAGAAUUGUGCCUGACUAUAUUUUAGUAGGAAGUAUUUUUGAUUAAUGGGGUUGUAUAUUUUUGACAACUUCCACGAGAGUCACAGGAGUAACAACCAGGUCCCUUUUUGAAAUGGCCUCCUCAGUUACUUUGAACUUUUGUACCUUCACAGGGAACAUAGUGAUGGACAAGUGUAGAUCUGCUGCAGUUGGGCGUACUAGGGAAGUAGUGACCACGAAUAUGCAAACCUUAAUUGUUGCCCAUAGACUUCAGGUUCUAGAGUCAUACGAUAUUGUCUUGUUUAUAUAAAAGAAAACAGAUUGUGCGAGCUUUACAUUUAACCUAUAGGAAUUUAAAGGAGAAUUCAGAAAGCCCGUAUUAAAGUGUGACAACCUUUUUCAAAUAUUUUUAAGCUGAGUGGAUCUGUCUCUCCAAAUGACACCACGAUACAUCCCACUCCUGUGCUCUGGCCAUUCAUUGUUAUCAUAGGGAUAGUUGGUGUUAGAGAAACCAAUCUGAUACCUAAAAAAAAUUUAAAAAUAAAAGCUGGAUUCUGAUUGGAUGCUGUGAGGAACAAGGUCACCAUGGUAACAGGGAAGCACUGGAGCUCAGGGGCAGUAAAUGUUGUGGCGACACAAACAGGGUUGCAGCUUGUACCUUGAGCUUGCUAUAGGAAAAAUAAAUUAAGAAAUGUGGCCUUAGAUAUAGGUUUUACAGUAGUUCGCCUUUAAGAGUCAUAUUAAUCGCUCAGUGGCUUAUUCUGGUGAUCAUAUGAACUGAAGUUGGACCUCUUGGUCAUCCACACUGAGCAGAAGGCCUUCAUUUGUUUUGUAGCCAAAAGAGCAGCUGGAUCUGCUCAAUGUUCUGAGGCUCGUGUAAGCUGUACUAGGUGCCUCAGGGAUGAGGUCGGAGAUACAUUUUAUUAUUUUUUUAUACUUAUGGUCUAGUUUUUUGGGGAGAUUUUUUGCUGGUUCUAAGGUAAAAGAUCAUAUAGGAUGAUGUUUGCAAGACAGGUGGUUGGAAUAUAGUGAACGUGUUGGAUGGGUUAGAAGAGAUAGAGGCUUAUGGUGUUGGGGAGUGGGCACACUUCUGGACCCCCUUCUGGAUUUUAGGAUAAUCUGAUUUAAGGCUCUGUGAACAUGGCCCCUACAGGAGUCUUAUAUUAAGUGUCAAGGAUAGGCUCAGAUCCAGUAAUGUAAGACCUUGCUCUGGGAUUUUCUCCUGAUCCCAUAGGAUGAUAUAUAAUUUCUGGCUCUAAAUAUGCCGCGUCUGGAGGGAACUGUGAUACUGAUGGGUGCAUGAGCCCUAAGGGGACUCUGUCCAGGAGACAACAUCUUAUUAAAGGGGUUGUGAGGUAUUACAAAACAUGGCUUAACUCUUCCAAAAACAGCACCACACCUGUUCCCAGGUUGUGUGUGGCAUAGCAGCUUAGCAUCAAUUAUUUCAUUAGAGCUUAGGGAGUGUUCCAUCAGAAAAAAAAAAGGAUUCUGCGCAUCAGUUAUACACAUUUGGCAUCCGUUUGAGCCAUGUCCGUCUGAGAUCCGUUUUUUUUAGACGGAAAUAAAAGGUACUGCAUGCAGGACUUUUUUUUCCGUCUAAAACGGAUCUUAGAUGGAAAUGGCCUCAAACGGAUGCCAAAUGUGUAUAACUGAUGCACAGGAUACGUUUAUUUUUAUUUUUUCUGUCCUUCUGACGAAUUAGAAGAACAGAAAAAUAACGGUGAUGUGAACUCUCCCUUAGCUACCCAACCCUUGGUGUGGUGCUGUUUCUAAAUUAAAGCAGCCAUGUUUGUCUAAGGCAUUUACACGACCGUAGUGUUUUCCGGAUAUGCAAAAUACCGGAUACCAGGCCGUGUGCUUUCCGCAAUUUGCGGGCCGCACAUGACCGCCGCUAUCAUAGAAAAUACCUAUUCUUGUCCACAAUUGUGGACAAGAAUAGGACAUGCUCUAAGUCUAUAGUUUUUGCUGGGCUGUGGACAGCACACGGUGUGCUGUCCGCAUCUUUUGUAGCCCCAUUGAAAUGAAUAGGUCCGGAUACGGACUCAUUCAUACAGUUGUGUUAAUGUAGCCUAAUACUGUACAAACUCUUUAAGGGACUGCUGUAUCCACAGGAUCAGAUGAAGGAGGUGUGAAUGCCAUCCUCUACAGAACCCCCCCGUGCAUACAGGUGUAUCUCCUACAUUAUCGCCAUGUCAUGUGGUAUUCACGUCGAUACAUCCGUGUUGACAAAAACAUGCAAUGCUGCCCAAGUAUUCAUUCUGUGGGGUUUAUUUCCAGUAGUUUUGUCUGAAUUGUGAUAAAUGUCUCCGUUAUAAAGAUGGAGAUUUAAAGCACUUUGUAGUUCUCUAUUGCCAACCGAGCUAAUGUUUUCUGAAAUGCCAAUUAUUGUGAAUACAGCACAGAAUAUGUGCAAGUUGACUGCACCCCUCCAACUCUAGCCACAGAAAGGGGGCCAGGCAGUUGGAAAGGAAUUUCAAGAGACUCUCGUUUGAUGUUUAUAGUGAUUAUUUUUUAAUUGUACUUUCCUUGCUUGUAAUGUUUGUUUCAUUCCAUAUGUAGCUAUCUGUUUAGCCGUAUGGCACACCCGGGUGCAGUGCUGUGUGCCGCAGGUGGCACAGUUACAGUCACCUGUCUUACAUUAACAUGUCUGGAUCAUUCCUCGCUCAUCUAAUGCACAGAACACACAGCACUACUGGUUGACUUGAAAAGACGGUAGAUAAAAAUUAAGAUUAUUUUAGGUAUGGGACUAGAAAAAGGACUUUUUUUUUUUAAAACCAGUAACAGUGCCACUCUAAUCUUUGGGCUAUGUCAGGGUAUUGCAACUCAGCCCCUUUCCAUUAAAAUGGGCGUGAACUGCAAUACCAGACAUCACCUGAUGGUGAAGAGUGGAGCUGUUUUGUGGAAAAAGAAAAAAACAGAUCCUUUCUAUAACGUGAAUAAAGUGACCAACCUAAAAUACUUCUCAGUGCUGUGACGGGAUCAGAAACUGAACGCCGAGCAUAGAAGUAACAGUAGAUGCAAAGACUGUUGUUCUGGAGAUGAGCUUGGCACCUUCUUGUGAAGUCUUUUCUGCUGGCAGAGUUCCUCACGGAUGUCCUUGUGGUGGGGGCAUGUAUAUAGAGGUGUCAUAUAGAAAUAAGAUAUGCUGUGACAUGUACCUGAAGUCUGGGGACGCACCAUCACCUUCAUUUAUUGCUGUUGUAUCGGAGUUACCUGUACAGAUACAUGGAUUGGAUGUCUGAUGCACAAAAUUCAGAAUAUUUUAAUAUACAAUGAUGUAAAAAAAAAUAAAAAAAAUCAUCGCUGGGUGGAUCAUUUUUUUUGUAUUUGCAGUGUAUGGCAGUGCAUAUAAUAGGCAGCAUGGGCCUAUAGAAUUCUAUGAGUGCCAUAUUACCUAUCCGUGUAAGGCCUCAUGCACAUGACCGUUGUGGUCCGUCCAUGUUGCAUCGUAUUUUUUGCAGACCCAUUGACCUCAACGGGUCCGUAGUUCAAAUUUUCUGGCCAAGUAUAGGACGUGUUCUUUUUGUAGAAAGACAUACGGAUGUGGAAAAGACACGGAUCAUCCAUGUGCUGUCAAACCCAAAUGCACUACAAACCCACUAAAGCCAAUGAGGGCACCCGCAGUUUGCUGAUCAUAAAAAGGGCACGGUCGUGUGCAUGAGGCCUUAUUCACACGUCAGUGUUUUGGUCAGUGAUUUCCUUUAGUGACAGGAGUGCAGGCUACACAGAUAUUAGAUAUAAGGGAACGAUCUGCACUUCAUGUGUGUUUACAGCCUGCACCUGGUUUUGGCUCAAAAAAAGCGAACGCUGACUGUGUGAAUAAAGAUUCAUUCGCACAUCAGUGUUUUGGUCAGUGAUUUCCAUCAGUGAUUGUCCUCAUACA